AUGGCGCAAGCUGACGAUACAUGGUCGGCGAAUGCGAACGAUGCUUUUGAGAUCAGCCUUGUCAAGCCUUCUUCCAGCGGUCUCAAGACUCUGGCCAAGUUCAAUCCCAAAUUCACGUAUCCGAUCUUUGGAGACGAUGAAAGUAUCUUUGGAUACCAAGGUCUCAAGAUCAACCUCCGGUACCACGCUAACGACAUGCGCCCCAAUCUUGACAUCGCAUACAACAAGAAAUUCAAGGCGAUUGGCGAAACAGAGGCGGCAGACAUACACCAAAUUCUCAAGGAUUUUCUGCCAGAGGUGGCUUUCCAACGCGCUGCCGACUUCGAGAAUGCAAUCAAAUCAGUCCCCAAAGACUGGGCGCCUCCGGGAACCCGCCUGAAGGACGUUGAGGCAACCGAUGGGGAGUACUCAGUAUGGUACGGCAGCCUGGCCGACCCCGCAAUCAAACAGAUGGUCCAGAGGAUACAGAUCCUUGUACCGCUGUUCAUUGAAGGCGGGAGUUUUAUUGGAACAGAUGAUUCGGAUUCUGCCGAUCGUUGGACCGUCUUCUUCAUGUUCAGGAAGCGGCACGUACUCGGUGCUGAUGACGAGUUCUCGUAUGAAUUCGUUGGAUACUCGACUGUGUACCGAUUCUUUCUUUACAGGCCUCAUGCUGCUUCCAAAGAGGCCCCGACUCUGGACUUCGAGCUUCCGAAAGGCGACUUUUCUCUGGCGGAGUUGCCUUGCCGCACGCGCAUUUCCCAAUUCGUCAUUUUGCCCCCCUUCCAAGGCAAAGGCAAUGCCGCACGACUCUACAGCACUAUCUUCACACACUAUCUUGAGAAUGCGCAGACAGUUGAGAUUACUGUCGAGGACCCCAACGAGGCAUUUGACGAUCUGCGGGACCUGACCGAUCUGGCCUUCCUGAGGCGAGAUCCGGAGUUCAACCAAAUCCGCAUCGAUACCAGCGUCAAGAUUCCCAAGAAAGGACCCGCCCCUAGGACAAUUGUAGAUCCCUCCAAGCUGGAGACUCUCAGGCAGAGGACCAAGAUUGCUCCUCGUCAAUUUGCACGGGUCGUCGAAAUGCAACUUCUGUCCAAACUUCCAGAAGCUGUGCGCCCCAGUCUCGAGCAAGAGCCGAGCAAGGAACAAGGCACUGCGGAACAACAUCACGAGUAUCAACUCUGGAGGCUGUGGGUCAAGCAACGAAUCUACCGACAGAACAAAGAGAUCCUCAGCCAACUUGAUCGCAGCGAGCGGAUAGACAAACUCGAAGAGACUCUGUCCAGUGUAGAGCUUGAAUAUCUACGAUUGUUGGGGAUGUUUGAGCACCGGGGUCGCCACGAGACCUCUGCGAAUGGAAAGAGGAAGCUGGAAGUGAGAACCGAAGGCGGGAGCAGCAAGAAGGCUCGCCUCGAGGCGGCGUAG